AUGAGGAGGGUCAAGGUAUGGGAAGGGGACGAUGAUUGGAGCUGGGAGAGGGAGGUGGAGGGGCAUUUUGGGAAUUUGAGCCCGGUUAUGAGGGGGAGUUUUAAGGGUCCGGAGCCGGGGGCGGAGGUGGAUUAUCAUCAGGGGAAGAGGUUGGGGGAGAGGGUGGAUGAUUUGAGGGAUGAGGAGGCGAGGGGGAAUUUUAGGGUUGUGGUGGUUGUGCCGGAGGAGGUUGAUAGGGUUGAUUUGAGGGAGGAUGUGAGGCCGAGGAGGUGGUUGUAUACUCAUCGGGGGAAGGAGGGGGAGAGAGAAGGGGCGAAGUAUGCUGGGGGGAAGGUGGAGGGGGAGUGGGAGGUUGUUGAGUUGUGGCCGUGA